AUGACCUUAGUGAAAUUCGGCUAUACCCUUGUGGUAGUAACAUUCCUGUUGAUGAUAUGGGCGUCCUUAGCCAGAGCGUUAGAAUUACACGUAGACACUGGACAUCCACCAUGUCUGUUCCAAGCUCUUUGUACGUGCUCUAAACCUGAUGGUGAUCUUGGUAUCGUGACCUGCAACCAUGUGCCCAUCCUCAGGGUACCAGCUGCUGUAAACAGCUCCAAGGUUUUCACUUUACAGUUGACUGGGAACAACAUUAGAGAUUUGGAACCACAGUUUUUCCAAGCCACAGGGUUAUACAGGCUGGCUAUAAACCAGAAUCCACUGGAGAGUAUACACGAGGAAGCAUUUUAUGGUUUAGACAAUACACUAUGGGAGUUGGAAUUAAUGCAGGACAAGCUGACGGCCGUACCGAGCCGGGCUCUACGAUACUUGCAAAAGCUGCGCCUUCUUGAUUUGACGGGUAAUGAAAUAACAGAAAUUUCUGGUGACAACUGGCUCGGCUUGGAGAACACGCUGCAAACGCUUAUCUUAGCAAAAAAUUCAAUAGCCAGCCUGCCGUUAGAUGCGUUCUCUGGAUUGCCGAUGCUGGAGACAUUGGAUUUACACGGGAACCAUUUAUCUGUAAUUGAUAGUGGAGUCUUCAGAGACGGUAUGAGCAGACUCAGUAAGCUUCUUCUGGGAGACAACCAGCUAACGUUGAUCCCUUAUGAGGAGUUGUCUCCACUUCGGCAGCUUCGAGUGCUUGAUCUCUCCAACAACCUCAUCAAGCAAGUUCCUCCCGCCCAUGAGUUGAAUGGGGUUAAACUUUCAUUGGAUCAGCUUAACUUGGAUCAAAAUAGUAUUCGAAUUUUAAUGCCUGGUUCGUUUAAGUACUUCAACAUUCUCAAUACUACUGUUCUUGAUGGGAAUCCGAUUUACUCCAUCAGGGAAGAUGCAUUCCGAAAUGCAAAGAUUAAAACAUUAUCUCUGCGAGACUGCGGGGUCACUGACCUAUCUCCAGCAUCAUUCGCCGGCCUUGAAAACACCCUUCAGUCCUUAGAUCUAUCUGAAAACAACCUCACAAUGAUAUCCAAAUUCAUGUUAAACAAGUUAGACUCGUUGCGAUUCUUGAACCUAAGAGAAAAUAAGGUGGACACGAAUUUACUAGCAACGAAUAAUCCAUCAGAAUACUCGACACCAUCGAUAAAUAACUUUCAGUAUAAGUUGUUCUUUUUGGACAUCAGUGGCUCAUCAUCGCUUGAAAUAAGCUUGCAAGAUCUUCGUACGAGCCUGCUAUUACAUUUUGAUUACAGAAACGAGUCUGACAUACAAUGCCGCUAUGAUAGCAAAAUGCGUUCCCUGAGAUAUUUGUCUGUGAGUAAAUUGAUAAGACGCAGUAUAUCUGCGGAAGAUUUCCUAGAAUUUGGCGUGGAAUUGGAGGAUCUAAAAAUAAUCGGAAGCACUAUCAAUCGAAUCGAAGCCAGCGCCUUUCAACAUGUACGGACUAUAAAGUCCUUAGAUCUGUCUGAAAAUAACAUUGACUUUAUAGACCCAUUCGCUUUUGCUGAGUUACAUAGCUUGACGUCAUUAAAAUUAGCCAAUGGAUUGGCAGAUUCCGUGAAAAUAUUGCCAUUUGAACCUUUGAAAGCACUAAUAGAGUUGCAGGAUUUGGACGUUAGUAAUAACAAAUUGAGGAACGUUCCAGAUACAUCUUUCCACUUCUUAUAUAAAUUAAAAACAUUAAAUCUUCAAGAUAAUCUCAUUGAUCACUUCUCUAAAGGAACUUUACAGAGUGACAUACAUCGACAGUUAGAAAGCGUGUCUCUAUCACUAAAUCAAAUGCAACGAAUCGAUCAACAUACAUUUGUCAAUUUACGAGAAUUACAAGAAAUUUUAAUCGAAGAUAAUUUAAUAGAAACAGUACAUAGACGUUCUUUCACAAGUUUAGACAACCUGAAGGUGAUUCGCUUAAGAGGAAAUAUUAUUACUGAAAUUAGUGAAGAGGCAUUCCAGAAUCUACCUGCCUUGAAAGAGUUAGAUAUAUCAUUUAAUCAGUUGGAGACGUUCAAGUUUUCUAUAUUUGAUCAAGUUGGAUCUGCAACGGCCUUGAAAGUAAAUGUGUCUUACAACAGAAUAGUUUCAUUGACUGAUUCAAAUGCUGUCAAUUUCUUCUCUUCAAACUUUUACCCUCCACCUAAAGCGCAAAGAUUAGUUUCUGAGGAUCCCAGUCCUCUGCGUAUAGAAAGAGGACUUGGCACGGUAUCAGUGAAUAUAAGAGUUUUGGACUUCUCACACAAUAACAUUUCGUACAUCGCACCAUACUACUUCAGACAUGCGGACCUGACGUUAUCAGAGUUACACCUCUCCCACAAUAUGAUUCGUAAUAUAACACGAGAAGUGUUCGGAUCCAUGCUAAUGUUGCAAUACUUGGAUUUAUCUCAUAAUCAAAUAUUCCACAUGGAGUAUGACUGUUUUAAGAAAGUUAAAAGAUUGCAAAUAAUAGACUUGUCACAUAAUCACCUGUUCGAUACACCUGUGGAAGUGUUCCACGAAAUGCAAGGACUUACAUCAGUGGAUCUUUCAGACAACAAUAUUAAAAACUUAGCCGAUAAUCUUAUCAUAUCUCCAGCUUUGGAAAGGCUAGACCUAUCUGACAAUGAUUUGUCACGAAUACCGACAAAUUGUUUAUCUCCGGCUGCUGCUAUUAAUCUAGUAGAACUAGAUUUGAGCGGGAACAAUAUACCCGCUGUAGCGAUCGCUGACUUAGUCCAAAGAUAUAGGCACGACGACUGGCCCGAGGAACCGGACUACAGUGAUGAAUACAUGUACCACACGGCUAGGCGCGACCACGCCAGAGUGUUCCAUCAAAAAAAACAAUACCCGCAGAACAUAUUGUUUAAGUCGCUUGCGUGGUUGGAUUUGUCUGACAAUCACUUAGUGAGAGUUGAAAGCGGUUCUUUUGCUGCUUUACCAAAACUCCGAUGGCUGGAUUUAAGUAUGAAUAUGCCAUUUAACAACAACGACCGCGGAAGCAGUAUAUUCAAAGGUUUAGAAAGAAGAUUGUCUCAUUUGGGACUGAAGAAUGUUAGUCUCACAAAUAUCCCUUCAAUGCCGUUGCCGAAGUUAAAAAGCCUUGAUCUAUCAUACAACAACUUUCCCUCUAUUCCAACAGACAUGACGGCAAACUUGACUCGUCUCAGAGCUCUGGAUUUGUCUUAUAAUGAUUUGACGAAUGUUCCUGUAGCGACUCACUCCCUCAGCGAACUUCGUUGGUUGUCUCUAUCUGGGAAUCCAAUCACUGCCCUGAUGAACACUAGCAUGUACGGCGUGUCUCCGAGACUAGAAUACUUAGACGUUACUCACCUAAAAUUGAGUAUACUAGAGGCCGGGGCAUUCAGCAAAAUGUACGGAUUACGUACUCUGAAAAUAUCCGUUAAUGGAAAUAUAAGAGACUUCAAUAUUCCAAAGAUACUGACUCAUAAUGAUGCAUUGAAGAAUUUGUAUUUACAUAUAGACAAUUCUCAAAUCGAUCUUGGCAAGGAGAUGGUUGGAGAACUUCCUCCCAAGCUAAAUAAUAUUACUAUUGUUGGUAAAGCUUUGAAAUUUUUGUCGCAGAAUCUGCUAAGUGGUGUUACAUCUGAAACUUUGACUCUGACCAUUUAUAAUACGAGCCUUGAGGAAAUAGAAAGUGAAGUUUUUUGGAGACCAGGUCAUGUGAAGAAUCUUACCUUGGAUUUGAGGCAUAAUAAUAUAGCUAGGGUUCCCAAUCCAGCGAGACAUGAAUGGCCGGGAGUACCAAACUCUUUAUUCCUUCACGACAUAUUUUUGUCUGGAAAUCCUCUAUACUGUGAUUGUCGCAUCGGUUGGGUUCAAGCGUGGGAUCGUAAACGAAGACAAUAUUUAUGCGAGAGUCCCUCUAGUUGCGUUGCUGUUCGAGAUGAUCUCAGAUUUGCAAAAUGUCCUUCCCAUUACAACAGGACUUUCAGUGAUGUCAUCGCGAAAGAUUUAGACUGCACUUGGAGUAAAGGAUUCCUGAACUUACCAAACUUAUACAUAAUUACGGCAAUAUCUAUCAUGACAUGCCUUUACAUUUGA